UAUAAGUGAAAAGAAGAAGAACAGAUGCCGCGAAGAAGAAGAACGCAUUCGAUCAGCCUGAAAUUAAGCAAAGGCUUUCGAUUUUUGAUGAGUAUUGAUCUCAUAUCGAUUUUCUAGAGAUUUCGGAACCUCCAUUGCAACUAUAAAAGGGACUAGCAUUCACAUUCCAAAGCACAUUGCAACGAAGCCGCUAUCCGUCUCAGGAACCAAUGGUGAGGAAAUGAGCUUACUAAAAGUAUCCUCACUUUGCCUCCUCCUCCGCAGUUCAAGGACCGCGUCGCAAUCAGCUAACCUCAUUCUCUCUCGCUCUCUGUUCACACACCAAGACUCAUCAUUAAUUUCAGAGGACUGCUCUAUCUUGUCCAUUGGCCAAGCCCUCGACCUCAUCGUCCGCUUUUCAAGCUCCGAAACUUAUGAUCCGAGGCUAUUCGCGAAGUUACAGUGGCAUGGCUACCUCCAUAAUCCUUACAUCCUCACCAAAGUUGUCUCCUUUUGCGGCAAUUCUUGUUUACGUUACAUGGGCGUUCAGGCUCAUUCCGUCGUUGUCAAGACGGGACUCACUUGCAACGUAUUCAUUAACAGUGCACUUAUAGAUAUGUACGGUAAAUGCUUUCCUGCUUCUUACGCCCAGAAAGUGUUUGAUGAAAUGCCUGAGAGAAAUGUAGUUUCAUGGAACUCGUUGAUGUAUGCAUAUCUGCACAGCGAAUUUCCUCAUAUUGGGAUUCAGUUGUUCGUGGAAAUGUUGAGGAAUGAUAUAGCUCCUACACCUUCUAGUUUCUCGAAUGUUUUAGUCUGUUGUGGCAAUUUAGAAGCCGAAAAACUGGGUACUCAAAUGCAUGCCAUGUCUUUGAAAUACGGGCUUUGGUUAAACCUUAUUGUGGGAACGAGCUUAAUUGACAUGUAUGCAAAGUGUCUAAACAUAUGGGAUUCAAAGGGAGUAUUUAACCAAAUGCAGGACAAAAACAUCGUUACAUGGUCUUCCAUGGUGUCUGCAUUUGCUAAGAAUGGCCAACCUGAGGAAGCCAUUGAUUUGUUAAGAGAAAUGAAGAGCUCAAGUCUGAAACCAAAUACAGUGACUUACAGUAGCUUAUUGAGUUCUUUUUCUUCCCCGGAUCAUUUAGACCAUUGUUUGCAAGUGCAUUGUUGCAUCACUAAGGAAGGGCUCGAAUCCAAUACUCACAUAGUCGCUUCAUUACUAACUGCGUAUUCAGAAUGUAGAAGCAGCUUCAACGACUUCGAAAAAAUAUACGCUAGUGUUGUAGUAUGGGAUCAAGUCACAUGGAAUGCAAUAAUCACUGGCUUCUCUAAUCUUGGAAGUGGCGAAGAUGCGCUUAUGUGGCUUUCUAGAAUGAGGUGGGCAGGGUCUCGUGGUGAUGUAUUUACGUUUGCAAGCAUCUUGAAAGCUACCACAACUAUGGCUAACAUUGAAUCUGGUAUACAAACGCAUGCCCUUGUUUGUAAGAUGGGUUACGCUUCAAAUUUGAGUAUACAGAAUGGGCUACUUUCCAUGUAUGCAAGGUGCGGUAAGAUCAACAUAGCAAAGAAAGUGUUCUCGUUUAUGGAGAAACACGACAUAGUUUCAUGGAAUUCUUUAAUUUCUGGAUGCGCCCAUAACGGAUAUGCUGAGGAGGCUAUAGACGUGUUUGAAGAUAUGAGAAAAGAGGGUCACGUAAGACCUGAUCUAACCACCUUCCUAGCUGUUCUAUCGGCUUGUAGCCAUGAGGGGUUAUUAGAUAAAGGAUUAGAGUAUUUUAAAAUUAUGAAAUCUGAUGGCUCAAUUCCGCCACCUAAAACUGAACAUUAUGCGUGUGUUGUGGCUCUUUACGGACGAGCAGGGUAUCUGAACGAGGCAGAGGCACUUGUGAAUAGCAUGUCGAUGGAGCCAAGCAUUUCGGUUCUUAAAGCACUUCUUAGUUCUUGUAGAGUCCAUGGGAACUCCGAAAUUGCUGCACGGACAGCAAGGAGGCUUGUCGAACUCUAUCCUGAUGAUCCGUCAACUUAUAUACUUCUUGCAAGUACAUUAGCUAAUGAAGGUAAAUGGAACAAAGCUGCAGCAGUCAGAACCAUGAUGCAUGACAGAGGAGUGACAAAGAAUCCUGGGUUAAGCUGGAUUUGAUGUGAUGAAGAUGAACCAGGCACUGUAUCCAAGUUAAAGAAACAAAAAACAGAAACGGGUAAUGAAUGUUAGUCAUACCUUUCUUUGAUCAUAUAAACAUGGCACAAUCAUCAACUAAUAAAGCCUGGAUGAAGAUUUUCUCCUUAGUGGAUACACAAAUGCUUCACUACACAAUGAUACAAUUUAGACUUGAUACAAAAUGAUAUACAAGUGUUCUUCUGAUGAAAUCUACCACAAAGGAGACCGACAAGCAUCAAGUUGAUAGCGUCGGCAACAAUGAUUUCUGUACUUCCCAGCUCUCAUUUCAAGAUUUUAGAUUCAAUAUCCUCCAAGCUGAGUCCUUUGGUCUCGGGGAC